AUGGCCUCCCCCGCCCGCAGCCGCCGUGGCUCUCCCGGGCCAGGGUGCUCCCCUAGCAUCUGGAUGAUCGCCGGCGACCCACGCCCGAGGUUCCGGCAGCCCAAGCUAGGGGAAGAUGCAGAGCAAAAGAAAACAAACCCAAGAAGGCGGAGGGCAGGGCCUGCCUACUGGUCAGCAUACCCAUCCCUGCUCGCAAAGUGGGUGACACCUCCGAUCCCGCACGCAGCGGCCCCGCAGCGGUGGCUGCCACCGCCUCGGCAAGCCAGCUCCGGCUUCGCUCACCGCGACCAGCUCUCGUCUCCGCAGCCGGAGCCCUUUAAACAAGUCCCGGGGAAGCUGGUGGCAGCCGCGUUCGUUGGCGCCCACCCAGUACAGAAACAGAGGGAGAGAGGACUAGAUUAUGAAUAUGACUUCAUUGAUGACAGCCAUCCCCUCCUCUUCCUAAACUCCGGCUCCGCCCCGCGUCCCACCCUCACCGCCUCCGCGGGCGCCGGAAGACGCGCCGCAGUUGGCCCAGCGCGCCGCUCCUCCCUGCCCGCCCGGGCGCGGGUUGGCGGGAAGCGCCUGUCACUCGCCCCGCUCGGCGACUCCCGGAGCUCCGGGAGGGAGGAGGGGGCGGUGUGCAAGAAUGUGGAUCCAGACAGCUCUACAGUAUGCGUGGAUCUGUGUGUGUCUGCAAGGCGCCGGCUCUCUGGCCGGGUUUGUGCCUGGAGCAGAAAAACUGCGCAGGACGCUGAAAGCCCCAAGCGCUGA